AUGCAAGCCCUUGAAGAAGCAUUCGAGGCUGCAUCCUCCGAGCGCAAGAUCCCUGGUGCGGUUUUGGCGGCUACUGAUAAGUCGGGGAACUUUACUUAUGCAAAGGCUUUCGGAAAGCGGUCCCUUGUGGAGGGCAAGGAAGCACCACUUGAAUUGGAGAGCAUUUUCGCACUGUUCAGCUCCUCAAAGCUGGUUACCACUAUCGCCGCCCUGCAACAGGUCGAGGCAGGAAAAGUAAAUUUGGACGACGAUGUCGCCAAAAUUCUUCCGGAGAUUGCCGAGCAGCCCAUCCUAACAGCAAUGGAAAAUGGGAAGCCCGUGUUUACCAAGCGAAAGAAUCCUAUCACACUACGCCAUCUUCUCACGCAUUCCUCCGGACUUGCUUAUACGUUCAUGUCACCUCCUUUGAUGGAAUACCAGCAGUCACUCGGCGUGGCAGGGCCUCCUAAAAACGUGGUUGAAAGCUACAAUCUGCCACUUGUGUUCGAGCCCGGGAAGUCAUGGUUGUACAGCACUAGUUUAGAUUGGGCCGGUGUCUUGGUGGCUCGACUCGCUAACGUUGACCUCGAGACCUACUGUCAAACCAAUAUCUUCAAGCCACUUGGCAUCUCGGACAUGAGCUUCUGGGCCAAAAAGAACCCAGAACUCAAGGACCGAGUGGCCACCAUGAGUAUCCGAGACCCCGCGGAUCCUCAGGGCAAAGCCCAAGCGUUUUCGGGACCAGACAUGCACUCCGCAGCUCAGACGGAGAUGGGUGGACAAGGGCUUUUCGCUUCCGCGGCUUCGUACUUAAAGAUCCUGCACAGCAUUCUUGUUGACGAUGAGAAGUUACUCAAGAAGGAGGCGACGGCGACCAUGUUCCAACCGCAGCUUAGCGCGGAGAGCCGUGACGCUCUUCAAGCACUCUACGCCGGUCGUCCCACAAAAGGGCCGUGUGCUAUCGGCACGUUCCCACCGGGUGUUCAAUAUGAUUGGGGCCUUGGUGGGCUACUGACCACAGAGGAUGUUAACCAAGAAGGAGUCACAUAUCGAAAAAAGGGGUGUAUGAACUGGAGUGGCAUGCCAAACUUGUUCUGGUUUCUCGACAGAAAUGCGGGAGUAUGCGGCUUCUACGGUGGCCAGAUGAUGCCGUCGGGGGAUGCAAAGGUUCAAGAGAUGAUUCACCUCUUUGAAAAGACCAUGUACGAGGAGGCCGCGUCCAAAGGCAGGGCCUGA